UGCACUAUACACAAAAAGAGUGUGCUAGACAUCAGUGGCGGUGACCGCAGUUUAAAUAAUAAAACGACAAGAGAUUCAUGGGUUUAAUCUUCAAACAGCGCCAUUGUGAUUGCAUAAACUUAUGUUUGCCAAUCGCCAUCGGUAAAGGGACUCUAGAUUUCUUCGUUAACCAACCAACAGCUCUACUGGCUACCUUCACUGAUUCCACUGAUAUUUCACUGAAAACAUUCGAACGCCUGGCCUCUUGCUUUGUGUUCAUCGCAUGACAUUGUAUGAAUCGGAAUCAUUAUUAGUGUAACGGUACUGUCGUAACUGACAGAAUGGAGCGCUCCAAUGGGCUUUUCUCCUCCGAGAGCCUAGAUGGACUUCUCCAGCAGAAAUGGAGUAAUGGACUGUGUGAUGCAUCUCCGGCAUAUCUAUCUAAUAAGCGUAAGCGAGAUGACGCGGGACAGGAAAACAAUGGUGUACUUAAUGGAAACUCAUUUUUCUCAGAACCCUCCAGAAGGAACAGACCUUUUAUCCAUAUCAGUGGGCAGAAAGGAGUGUAUUUCUCUGAACGUUGGGAACCCAAUGGCAGCACACUAUACCUCCCUGUCAAUGGUAGUCUUCUGACAAACAUUGACAAGUAUGACCAGAUAACCUUCGAACAAGGCCUGUUCUUCAUCGGAGACUUAUCUGGUGCAUUUCAGCAGAAAGCUCAAGGUACAGGCCAAGCCAUCCAUUGCUGGAGAUACAAUGAACAUGAGAGAAAACUAUUCAUUGCACUCUCCUACUUCUUCACUAAUUUACAGGCGUUCCAGGAUGUGGUCACUUCUCUGGGUUGCCUAUGAAGGCCUGAAAUGGAACAUCUGGAUCCAGUGCUUGGAGCAGAGUCAAAGUGUCACUUAAAAAGUAACUUUUCCAAUCCCUUUGUGAUAGAUGUAAUACAAAAGUGCAGGAGUAAAUACAUUGUUGAAGGAAAAUAAUGAUGGUAAGUUCUUCACAUAAAAUGGCCUCUUUAUUCAACUGCUGCUGUGAAUGUGUCUUAAGACUUGUAGUUAAGUGCCUGCAUACAUUAACGAUUCAGAAGACAAUUAAAUGUGUGGAGACAGGCCAUCUACCCUAAUCUGUAUAUAUUUUAAGAUAAGUGUGUAUCUUAAAAUUCAAGGACCAAUUACUAGCAAGCCAACCAAAUUUACCAAAGACAAUCAGGAAUAUUGGUGGUCUAUGGCUUGAAUUUGACCAACAAAUAGACCAGAUUCUGUAGUUGCACUACACUGAAAUUUAAUCCAGAAAGUUCUGUAACUCUGGGUUCAAAGGUGUCUUUAUUACACAAGUGAAGUACGUUUCAUCUUCAGCCCUUCUACAUAGGUGACAAAGACUCACAGGAACUAGAUGAUGAUUUGAUGUGGGUACACUGAACUAUUUAAUCAGUGUAUGCAAGGGACAUAUGGUCAGUGAUGGUUAGAAUGACAAAUCAUUGUUGUAAUUGUUAUCAAGACAAAACACUUUAUGUAGGCUACUUGUAACUCGUUAAUAUUUUACUGUUAAUUCAUAUAAUCUGAAGCCAACCAUAUUUGGCUACGAAUAGGUCUUUGCAAGAGUUUGCCGUUUUACCUGUUACCUUUGUUAUUGAUGGCUAAUUCAAUUAACAUUAUGUUUUGCUUGGUGGUUGUAAUCAAAAAUGUCUUUCUGUACUUAGAAAAUGUCAGUAUGAAGUAUACACAAGUAUUUUAGUUGUAGACCUCUUUAAAUGUCCUGAAACAUGGCCCUUAGAUGAACUGGUAAAGCCCAGGAAAAAAAAAACUGUGGAAGUUGACAGGAGUCUCAAAAGAGCCAUAUCCUCUGAUCUCUGUAGCCUUCUAAAGAUAGACUUGUUUGUUACAGUUGAACCUCCUUCUUAAGUAUCUGCAAUGAGGAAGUUAAAGAGGGCUUUGAAAUAUUGUCUUUUUUGCCAUGAUGCCACAUUUCUAUAUACAAAUGUUUGUCUUUGCAACAUGUUACCAAGAAAUCUGAACAGAAUCACUCAUUUCUGAUAUAGCAAUCUCAAAAAUAUAGCAUGGUCCCAAUAUAUUGAAUGAAUCACAUUGAAACUAUCAAAUUACAGGGUUAUGGCAAUGUUUGGUCAAUGUCCUAAAUAUCAGAUUCAGCACCUUAAAUUUGUUGCGAAUUGUACCACCCAGCUCUAAACCCAGGUAUAAUACCAAACCCCCAAUGUACCUGUGUUUAGGGAAUAAAACUUUGAUUUUGUUAUGAUGUGUGUGUUUUUAUAGAAUCUGAAGAUGUGCUUUGUACAAGUGCAUGCAUAAAGGUGAAUUACAGAUUGUGGUCUUUAGGUCAUUGAAGUAAAGCAAAAACAUAUCCCUGGGUAUCACAUCCACUGAAAUAAGGUAUUAUGCUUUAGCAGCAACUGAACUAUUUCAAAGACCACAUAAACUUGUUAUAGUUUUUCAUGUUUUUGUAUUAUUGUGAUUAGUUGUGUCUUUGUGUAUAUUAAAUUAUUUGUUGUUUUGUACCAAUGGCCUUCAGUAAACUUUCAAUAAACAUCAUUGCCUGUAGUGGUCUUAAUUGCA